GUCAAAAAUUAUUUUUUUGAAAUAAAACUAAUUUUGUCAAAAAUGAAUCAUAAAUUCUUGCUUUUGUUUUUAUUGAUUAGAUUUACAUUGAAACAGGCCAUAUUUUUAACUUCAUCCAAACAUACAUUAAUUAGUAUUUUUUUAAUCUAUCUUCUAUACUAAGUCUUAUAGAUGAGAUGUGUAUGGAAAAGGCUAUUGUAUCUAAUUUAUUGGUUUUUUAGAUAUUUUCCUGUCACACUUUCAUCUCUUUUGGUUGCUCCACGUAGUACUGUAUGUGUCUUCUUUCUCUUAAAGCACUAAAACAGUUGGUGCCGGAGCAAGCAAAAAGCCAUCCCUCAACUACGUGAUUGCGUCAUAGCUUCCCGUAUUGUUCAAAUUAGAUUUUCCCUUUCUUCUUCUUCUUAUUAUUACCCUAACCUUAGCUAUUCGAAUUCCACUCCUCUUCGCGAAAUCAUGGCGACGACUUUGGUUAGCUCCGCGGGUGGGAUGCUUUACAGCAUCAUCCGCGUCCCUCUCUCUCUCAUCUCUCUCAUCUCUCUUUCUCUCUCUUCGCUCGGAAAGUUGGACAAUACCACCAUCAUAGCGCAUCAUCAUAAGAAUUCCAAGAGUGUCAUGGGGGAACAAAAAGUUUUAUUUUUGUUGAUAGAGGGUUUUACUCGGUUGAAACGUUUCUGCUUCUGCUCGCCCUUAAGAUUGCAGGUAAUUAGAGGAAAUAGUGUGGUCAUUAUUGAGGAACUCAAGGUCACCUUCCCCAUGCUUGAAAGUUGAGGAUCUUGCCCGUUUGCAAUUUCAGAAAACUCCUAUCUAUAUUGAUGUAGAUGAUGGGAGAACCAAGGUGAUGUCUCCCCACUUUAUCAUAAUAUCUGCAUUUUUUCCAUCAUAGUUAUUGUUAUCAUUACCCCUUCAUGAAUGCAAGUCACAAAUGAUUGAUUGCUUCAGGGUUAUCUUGUGGUUCCCUGUGCCAAGCGAUUUAUUGUUCUCUAUUCCUUUUUGAAGAGACACCAGUAAAAAAAAGUGAUGGUUUUUUUCUCUUCAUGCAACUCACUCAAAUUUAUUUUUUCUCUUCAUUUUCUCUUCGUGUUAUUGUUGCUGCUGCGCUGGAUUCAAUUGUUUCAAUUGUCACAUUUGGAUUCGAUUGUUUCAACCCCUUUCAGGUUUGCAGACACAUCAUGUAGUUAUUUGUAGUUCUAUGUUCCUCAGUUUUUAAAAUACACCAGUGACAGGUAAGGAACCAUGUUUUAGCUUUAUGUGUGAGCUAUAGAAUUUUUCUUUUUAGGAAAAAGUGAGAUAUGCUUCAACUAAAUAAAAACAAAAAAUGAUCCUUAUCAAGUCACUUUAUUGAAUAGUAGUUUCAAUGAUUUAGUUUCCCUAUAAUUAUACGUAGGGCAUCCUGAGAAACAAACAAGCAUGCCUCCAAUCUAUUCACUGUCUAGGAAAACUCCAAUGAAAAAAUUCUUCAUUCUCUGUUCAAUAUACUCACUCUUCAAUCCUUGUGUUUUGAACACUUCAUACUUACUUCCAUUAUUAUGAUUUGGUGCAUAGAAAGCCUCUAAAUAUGGCAGCCACAAGCACGGAUAAGUUGGAGGCAGGAAAAGUGAAAUCAAGGCAUUUGAUGAUUCAAAGACUGGUGUCCAAGGACUGGUAGAAAAUGGUGUAACAAAAGUUCCACUUAUGUUCUAU